UCUUGUGCUCAAGCAGAUAGUCAGUGGUGCUCCGACGAGCAUCAAAGAUCUCCUCCCCUCCUUCACAUUCACUCCCAUGAUGCAACAGCAAACAAAGAGGGCAGAGAAACGAGACAGUACCGGAAAAACGGCAGCUAGCUAGAGAAAAGUUUCAAACGCCGAAAAUAGGCACAAUUCAAAACGUCCACAGCGUACGGUGUCACUUUAUCGCGAAACGCGGUCAUAAAGAGCCCAUUAUUCCUCGUCUCUGUGAAAAUUGAGUUAGUUUCUGCGCUGUUUUUUGUAAGUGCAGGUAACUUAUCAGUUAGCCGUGAAGUAAUAAUGUCUCCUAAUGCUCACAUAGCUCUCCGGACACUGAUAUGACAACUGCUGAUAGUUGACAGUGUAUUCAAGGCACGGCAGGUAUGGCAGUUGUGGGCCGUAUGUGAUCAGCUAUGUGUAAGUGUUCACAAUCAUCUCCCUCAUUCCAAGAACAUCACAUGUAAUCCCCCUCCAAAUCAUUAAGGGGGAUCUUUCAGAAUGAAGAAGAUCAGUCUGAAAACAAUAAGAAAGUCAUUUAACAUUAAAGGCAAAGAAGAGAAUGAAUUUGCUGUAUCACAGCCAGACUUGGCGGCCAGUUUCUCUGCUGAAGACUCACUGUUUGGAGGAUGCUACAGCAAAGAUCUCGUCAGUAGCGACCUGGAUAAUGAGGACGAAAAAAGAUCCAAAGUCCGAUCUAAGAGUGAGGGUCUCAUGGGCACCUUGAAAAGGAGACUAUCAGCGAAACAGAAAACAAAGGUCAAGGGUGGUUCUCCAUCUGUAUGCUCUAUAGAUGAUGACACCUUCUCCUCCUCUUCGGCACCCAUUACUCUAAGUGACAUAAAAUCCCAGCAUUCCUCUCGCUCCACAUCCGUCCAUAGUCAUCAUUACAGUCCCACCCCGUGGCCUCUCAGACCAGUGAACUCGGAGGAGAUGUGCAUCCAAAUGGACGUUAAGGCAUUAAUGAACUCCUCAGAUCCAAGUCCGGCUCACAACGGUGUGCACCAAGACUUCCUUGACCUCCAGAGAGAGUUCAAAGAAUCUAGCGAUUCAUUGAAAAUCACCAGACGUGUGCCAGACCACCAUUCUGGCGCUCAGAAUGACGAUUUGCACCUUGAAAUGGAUGAACACAUGCCUGUAGUCAUUGGUCUUGCAGCUCAGGAUUAUAUUCAGUACACAAUGCCUUUGGAUGAUGGACUCUUUCCUGAUGAUGAAGGUUCACGCUCUUUUUGCUUAGAUGGCACCACACCCAUGGACGUCGUUCCGCAGUCAGAGGGAUGCAGAUCUCUUCAUGCAGAUGAGGAGCCUAUUGACCAGGACCUUCUGUCACCAGACAUCUUCAUGGAGUCGUCAUCGGUGAACCAGCUCUUUUUAAACACUGCAAAUGUCUUGCUGCAGGGCUCCAGACUCGAAGCCCCACUUUCCCCCUUGCUACCUCCGUUGCCCGAUAGCUAUCUCCAGAGAAGCUUCUCUGGGUUUGGUGGUACACAUGCUCAGGUUGCAGAGAGAGUCAGGCACCAUCUCAACUUUGACCCCAACUCGGCUCCAGGGGUGCAGCGGGUCUAUGAUGCCGUGCAGAACAGUGGACCCAUGGUGGUUACUAGUCUCACGGCUGAACUGAAGAAACUAGCCAAGCAGGGUUGGUAUUGGGGUCCCAUUACAAGAUGGGAGGCUGAAGAAAAGCUGACGAGUCUUCCAGACAGUUCUUUUUUAGUCCGCGACAGCUCCGAUGAUCGAUAUCUUCUAAGCUUGAGCUUUCGCUCACAGGGUAAGACUCUGCACACGCGAAUCGAGCAUUCGAAUGGCAGUUUCAGCUUCUACGAGCAACCUGACAUCGAAGGCCACGUAUCAAUCGUGGAUCUCAUUGAUAAUUCGAUCAAGGAUUCGGAGAACGGAGCAUUCUGCUAUUCCAGAUCUCGCUUACCGGGGUCCGUCACCUACCCCGUUAGACUGACCAAUCCCGUUUCAAGGUUUAUGCAAGUGCGCUCACUGCAGUACUUGUGCCGCUUUGUUAUCCGCCAGUACACACGGAUUGAUCUGAUCCAGAAAUUGCCUUUACCGAACAAAAUGAAAGAUUACCUGCAGGAGAAGCACUACUGAAAGCAGUAAAUCCCCACUUGGUUGCUACUUGCACUUUUUGGAUGACACAACAAAACCGAUUUCGCAGACAUUUUCAAGAAUUUUGUUACCAUUCGAUUUUGCAUUUUCUUGAAAGGAAUGAUGAUGUUUGUCUGUCUGGUAGAGUAGAUAAUUCAGUGGUUUGUGAAGAGACACAGUGCCAGAAUGUCGUUAGAGUGGAUCUCAAUGUUGGAGCAUUUUUCGCAUGUUCUCUUAGAAAUGUAGCAUUUCCUUUUUGUUACAGUCAAAGACAGUCCAAUAUUUUUCUUCAUACCCCACACUAUGAAAUAUCAGCACAUAGCUCUGAGCUCCAGCUUAUUUUAGGGCAUUUAGAGGUUCUUGGCAACAAUGCACAGAGGUAUAGACGCCUUAAUAGCGGCCGCACGUUUGUGAAUGCAUAGAUUACAUUCCUCCUCGCCCCUUUUUUUAAACGCAUAAAUUUUAUCGUACCAGCCAUUAUGUCAUCAUCUUAAUUCAAAGGGAAAAUAUACUAUACAAUAUGCCAAAUGAUGUCCUCUCACCAUACACAUGAAUCUUACCCUUCUGUGGAGUUAAUCUAAUAAGCUAUAUUAGCUGCUCAUAUUUGUCAGAUCAUAUUCUCACCCCCUUUUUUGUUUGCGCUCUUUAGCACGUAAUGCCAAGUUUAGGUGCCUCACUGAAACUCGUCUUUGCUGUAGUCAAUUGAUUUUGGACUGUAUGAUUUGUUAUAACAGUCAUCUUUAACAGGCAUGCAGUUACAUUAUAAAUGCAUCUGGUCUUUUCCCCCUUGCACUGUUUAAGUGUUCAUUAGUAUUGUAUAUCAUUGUUUAAAAACGGAAAGGUUUCCUGUUAUGAACUAUGUCAAUGGUACAGUUUAAAAUCAUCUCUUUUUGGGAACAGAAUUUGCUUAAUGAUAUGUUGUAACUUGAACUUGUUCUUCAGUUCAAAAUAAAAGUUUUAU